AUGCUGAGACCGGCGACCCCUCUGACCGUUCUGCUAUUCGUGUCCUUCGUCCUCCUUCUCUUGUCCGUAAUAUCCACGCCCAUAGUCAAGAGCAUCCCCAUUGCGACCUAUCAGGGAGUCAACUUUGGUGUCUUCGGCUACUGUACGACCUCAGAAUGUAGUGGGAUCAGAGUGGGCUAUACGACGGAUGGCCUGUUCGCUUCUGACGAUGAUGGAGAUUUCAACUUACCCUCGAGUGCCAGACACUCCUUAUCGUCGCUUCUUAUCGUCCAUCCCGUCGCGGCAUUCUGCAACCUGAUCUGUCUUGCCUUGGCCGGCGCCGCUCAUCUACACUCACCUUCCCACUCUGCCCGAUACCUCCUCGGACUCCUGAUCCUUCUUCUGCCCACUUUACUCGUGACCCUCCUGGCUUUUCUGGUCGACAUAUUACUGUUUGUGCCGCAUUUGCAUUGGGGAGGAUGGAUCGUCCUCGCUUCCACCAUUCUAAUCGCCGCCUCCGGUGUGGUCACCUGUGCCAUGAGAAGAACUUUGGUCUCGCGAAAAGCCCGCAAAAAGAGAAUCGCUGAAAAUGCCGAAAUGAGUGGAGAAAAUUUCUAUAAUCGACAGGCCCAAGACUCCAAAAUGGGUACCCAAGCUUUCACUGCAGAGCCUACAAUUCCCGUCGUCAACGGCGCACCCGGUGCAGACCGGCUCCCUACAUUUGCGACGUUUGAUGUCAGUCAAAAAUCGGAUGAAGAACGCCAGCCUCUCCGGUCCCAAGCCUUGUCUUCCGAACCCUCCCAAGGUCCUCCUCGAGAUAAUGCUUCAGAAAGGUACUUUGGUCCUCCCUCCAGAUCCAACAGUCGUCCGCCGUACGAUGGGCCUCGAGAUCAGUAUGGAAACCCAACCCCCCCUAGUUCAGGCGGCGCAAUGAUGCCCCUCCAAGGAAGAAGAUCUGGAGAUGAGCGGCCUGGGCCCGGCCUUUAUCGAGAGGGUAGCGUGCCACCGCCAGGUAGUCGAGGAUAUGGUUCUCGUGGCAGAGGCAACUAUCCGCCCCGCGGAGGAUACCCUCCGCGAGGAGGUUAUGGGCCUCGGGGACCUCCACCACCCCAAGGUUAUCCCGGGCGGGGUGGAUUCUCUGCCGAAAUGAGAGGAGGUUAUAGUGGACGUGGUAGAGGAGGCUUCCCGCCCGACGCUGCCAUGGGUGCUAUCGGCGCUAUCGGCGGCGGUACGGUUGCGGGAGCGAUGAUGCCGGGCAGACAAAGACGACCUCCUCCCGGAUAUCCUCCUACCGGCGGAGACAGCUCAUCGGAAAGAUUUACCCCACCAGACAAUUAUCCCGACAGCAUCGGAGCGCCACUACCCAUUUCCACGUCGCAGCCCUACGUCGAAGACAGUGAGAGGAGAUUCGAUGUCACGAGCCCUUCCGUGUAUACGACGGGGCCGGAUGAACAGCAAGGCUCCUUUGGAGCUCGCGCACAAUCACCUGGACGCGAGAGAAUGUCACCGUACGGAAACCGGGUACAAUCUCCAGCAGGGACUGGUCGUCAACCCUCUCCACCUCCGGUCAUGCCCCCCUUACCCACCAGUCAAGCUGCCGAAUUAGCUGCCACCUCCGCUCGAGAUUAUAAUCCACGAAGGUCUCAGAGUCAAGACCCUUACGUCCCUCCUCGAGCUCACUGGAACAAUAUGUCCAACGAUGACUUUGGUCAGCCGCGAUCGCCGGGCCGGUAUACAGCUCCGCCUGUCGAACUUCCUUCCGGGGCAAGUAAUGUCGGAGGAUAUAGUGGCCCAAGUCGAAGACCACGUGUAAAUUCUGGUGGCAGUGAUGUUUAUUAUGAAGAUGUUGACCCUCGAUUCGCCUCUGAUCCUGAAACUAUGCCGCCGAUGCCUCCCACUUCUCAGAUGCAGGAUAACAGGCUAGUCCCUCCACCAUUGGCUCUUGGUCAGCAUGAGCGGUAUCGACCGGAUUCGAUGAGCGGACUUCCCAAAACCAAUUCCUACGAAGAUCUGCCCGGUGCUCGAUCUCCAGCUGAAAGUGAAACCAGUAAUUUCACCUCCGUUAGCCAGCGCGGGGUCAAUCCAAAUUGGAGGCCGGGGAGUGGUGGGGAGUUCAGUUCGUCUGGCCCCGCCAGACGGCGUGAUCACCAGAUGAAGAGGGACGUUUUACUGGCAGGGAACCCGGACUUCGAACUUCCCGGCAUGGGGGCCCCCGGCAGAUUGAACGGUCGAAGUCGUGGCGGUGGCAUGAGAGGCGGUAUGACGAUGGGUGGUGGAGGCCCCCCAAGAAUUCCACCAGCCAGCGCUGUCGGUGCGGGCGCGGAUGGUCGAUAUCCCAUGGGACCCCCCCGCUAG